AAUAAACGCAAAACAAGAACUCUAUACUUUUGCGUAAGCUCCAAAGUACUCCAAGUGAUCUUUCUCUUUUAUUUUUUCUUUUUCUCGAAUCCUUUCUUUCUCAAAUCCAACGAUUCAAAACCCACUGUAACCUACCAGCCCAUGAUUUCAUUUUGUCCUCUUUGAUCUUUCUCUCCUUCAAUUUGCUUAUGAAUCUUCAUUAUCUGCUUUCUCCUUAGUUGGCUUUGAAGAACCCAUCACCCAUUUCUCUCUCAUUUCUUGUUAAUGGAACAAAUGCUGGUACCACCAUGGCUAGAAUCAUUGUUGUCAUCUUCAUUCUUCAACAUUUGCCCUAGGCACCAAGAUUCCCCACGUAAUGAGUGUAAUAUGUUUUGCCUUGAUUGCAAGAACGAUGCUUUUUGCUUCUAUUGCAGAUCCUCCAGGCACAAAGAUCAUCCAGUUAUUCAAAUCAGGAGAUCAUCGUACCAUGAUGUUGUUAGAGUUACUGAGAUUCAGAAUGUUUUGGACAUAAGUGAAGUUCAAACUUACGUUAUAAACAGUGCAAGAGUUCUUUUUCUAAAUGAAAGACCACAGCCUAAGAGUGGUUCAAGCAAAGGAGUCUCUCAUUUAUGCGAAAUCUGUGGAAGAAGUCUCUUGGACCCCUUUCGUUUCUGUUCUCUUGGAUGUAAGCUUGUAGGAAUAAAGAAAAAUGGGAGUGACAAGUUGAAGGUAACAAGUAAGAAGGAGGAAAUGGAAGAAAGAAAGGAAGGAAUUGGGGGGAGAAGAUUGCAAUCAAAGGAAGAAGAAGAAGAAGAAGAAGAAUUGCGUGUAGGAAGCCAACAAGACAUGUAUAGAAGCAAUUCUCACAAUUCCAAUUCAAGAAGAAGAAAAGGCAUCCCUCAUAGAGCACCUUUUGCCUCCUAAAUUUAAUUAAUUAAUUAAUUAAUUUUUUAUAUUAAUUAAUCUUUAUAACUUUGUAAAUGAUCCAGCGCAUUCCUCACAAUCAACCACAUGGGAUUGAAUUAAUUUACUAAUUAAGGUGUAUUUAAAGAAAAUAAAGAAGAUUUUUAUUUUAUUUUA